AUGUAUCCAUUACCUGAUUUAAUGCUUGAUCGAUUUUGUUUACAGAUCUUACCUAAAAUAGGUCAUAAAAUCGAAUGGCUUGAUCUUGAACCAUUAUCUAUGGAACAAUUACAUGUCAAAGUCAUAUGUAUUCAAGAUUGUCUUUAUCUACUUGAUGGUCGCUUCAAUCAACUUCAAAUAUUCUGUGUUGAAAUAGGAAUGUCAUUUUCUUCUGAUUCGGUCUUAAUAAUAAAUAAGGAAAAACUACCAAAUUUACGAUGUUUUUCAUUAUCUCGUCAUUCGAAUGCACAUUUCUAUGAUACAGUACUUAUACCACUUUUAUAUCGAAUGUCAAAUUUAGAACAACUUAGUUUGUAUUUAUCAUGCGUUCAUCGUAAUAGAUUUAUUAAUGGAAAGAACUUGAAACAAAAUAUUAUUGAUUAUUUACCACGAUUAAAUCAAUUUCAGUUUAAUAUUCGUUCAACUAUGUUGUUAAAAAAUCAAAUUGAUUUACCAUCUAAUGAAGAUAUUCAAUAUACAUUCAAAGAUUUUUUAAAUAAUGAAAUUAUUUCUUAUGUCAAUUAUUUUCUAGAAAAUAAUCAAGGUGAAUGUCUUAUCUAUUUAUAUCCAUACACACUGAGAUAUUAUGACAAUAUCGGAAAUAAUUUUCCAGGUGGAUUAUUUACAUGUGUUCAUGAAAAAUCAUUUCCAUUGAUGGAACAUUUAACUAUAAUGAAUCGAAAAGCACAAAAGGAUAAACAAUGUAAAAAAUUAAAAAAUACCAAUCAAGAUUUAUUAGUUAUUGAAUAUUCUCAUCUAAAACGCCUUACUUUGAAUAAAGCUCAUGAUGAUUAUGUUGAACAAUUUCUACUUGAUACGAAAACAUGUUUACCAUAUGGUCUUGAGCUUCGUGUCGAUUAUAAACCUUUAAAGAGAGUAACAUACAAUUUUAAACGAAAUGCAACACGAAUUAAUUGUUCAAAAGUGAAAUAUAUAUGUUUAGAUACAGAUCUUCGAUUUUCAAAACAUUUCAAAGAUUAUUUUCUUUAUAUUGAUGUAUCAUAG